CCGGGCAGCUGGCGGGGAGAGGGGCGCUUUCCACCUCCACUACGAACCUUUAAAAGGCUGAAUAAGGGAAUUAGAAAGGAUGCAGACUGGCAGGUGGUCGAACCGUGUCGGGCCAAUGAGCCCAAAGAAAGGUCUUUAGGUGGCAGGCUGAAAGAGGAUCCCAGAUCCGCAGAAGAGGGUCCUCGACGUUCCAGGGUUCCCAGCCCGGCGGAACCACCUACGAGUACCGCGCGGUGGGAGGUGGAACGUCCGCGGCCAGCGCAGUUCUCCAAGGCUUGGUCUCCGCCAACUGGCUGGCUUACAAGCAACCAGGAGGAGGGAAGUUUAGGCGAGAGGGCGAUCAUGGCGUGGGAGGGGCUAGCGCGAGGCUGACGUCACUCUGGUGUGUGCGUAACGUGAGCGGAAGCGGAAGCGGCUCGGUUCGCCGCCUCUCCCACCGGCUACAUGAGCUGCAGCGGCUCCGGCGCGGACCCCGAGGCGGCGCCAGCCUCCGCCGCCUCGGCCCCAGGCCCGGCCCCCGCGGUCUCGGCCCCCGCCGCGCUGCCCGCCGGCACCGCUGCGGAAAAUAAGGCCAGCCCCGCGGGGACAGCAGGAGGGCCUGGGGCUGGAGCUGCGGCAGGGGGCACGGGACCCGUGGCAGCGCGGGCCGGGGAGCCGGCCGAGAGACGCGGGGCGGCUGCGGUGUCGGCCGGCGGCGCGGCGCCCCCGGAGGGGGCCAUGUCUAACGGGGUUUAUGUGUUGCCGAGUGCGGCCAACGGAGACGUGAAGCCGGUGGUGUCCAGCACGCCUCUGGUGGACUUUCUGAUGCAGCUGGAGGAUUACACGCCUACGAUUCCAGAUGCAGUUACUGGUUACUACCUGAACCGCGCUGGCUUUGAGGCCUCGGACCCCCGCAUAAUUCGGCUCAUCUCCCUAGCUGCCCAAAAAUUCAUCUCAGAUAUUGCUAAUGAUGCACUACAGCACUGCAAAAUGAAGGGCACAGCCUCUGGCAGCUCCCGAAGCAAGAGCAAGGACCGCAAGUACACUCUAACCAUGGAGGACUUGACCCCUGCCCUCAGCGAGUAUGGCAUCAACGUGAAGAAGCCGCACUACUUCACCUGAGCCAUCCAGUCUAAAUGUACUUGUUUGUCCCCUUGUCCCCACACCAGCCUGUUUUCAUAAUAAACUUUAUUGUGACA